UCCAAUAUUCUUCUAUAGUUCUAUCAGACUUUCGUAAAAAAAUAUCCGCCAUGGUAAACAAGGAGUGCCAAACCGUAGACAAGAAGCAGUCACAGAUUGUACAAGCUUGCACCGGUCUUUUUUCAGUUUUUGUUAGCAAAGCAAUCGCAGAAACUAUACAGGGUAUUGUGAAAUUUUCUGAGUGCGUUGGUAUACCUCCUUAUUUGAAGCUUUACGUGGAUUUUAAGGAGAAUCUGGUGUUAAAACCUACAUCUCAGGAGGUGACUGAGUUAUUUUGGCAAUCAAUAGACGAACUGAUUCUCACAGCUGACGAACUACGAGUCUUGGGUAAACAACGAAUCAAGGGAUGCGGUAUUAAAUCUAUAGUCCUUUGCCUAACUGAAGAAUUCGUCAGUAAAUGCAAGCAAGAUAUUGCUUGCAAUAUAGAAGGACUCUAUAAACCUAUAGUGAAUUAUCUGAAUCAGAUAACCAAAGAUUUUGCUGAGAUAUAUUCUGACGUGAAUUGCGAAGAAUUUGUCCAAGUUCUUGGUGAUAUUGAGUUCGAGGUUGGAUGUCAGCAAAUAGCUUAUUAUAAAAAAUAUAUUCAUAAAGUAGCUUACAUACCUGACAACGAAUACUUUCAAAUAGGACAGUUGGUACUGAAGAACUAUAGAGAUAAAUUAAAAGACAGUCUUCAAAGUAUCACUGACUCGAUCUUCAAUAACUUGUCUUUACAACAUUUGCGGGAAGUACAGGACAUAUGUGACAGUUUCCAGUUGAUUAAAACAAAGGCUUAUCAGAAACCUUCAACAACUGACGAAUUGAUCGAAAUUGGAAAAUUUAUGACAUGGGUUAAAAAUGAACAGCUCCAAGAUUUGAAUCAACGGGUUCACGCAUCACUUGCUUACUUGUGCAAGAUCAUUACAUUAGGUUUACUGAGCAAAGAUCACAUGAAUCUGAAUGCUGAAGCUAUAACGUGGUUGGAUGAGAUUGGACCUAUAGUAGAUCAGCAUGCCGUCAAUUAUGACCAACUAAAAUUUGAAGCUGAGGAGAAGCUUCAAAAAGUUAUCGAAGAGAUUAACGUGGAUAUCCAAGAGGUGUAUCCUCUGUUGGUUGUGUUGGAUGAAAUGGACGAUAUAAAAUAUGCCCGAAAAUAUUUGAGUGAUAUUACUUUACAUAUGACCAAGAUAAAGCAGAUACAACUAAAGAUCGAAUGGAUCAACAAAGAAGAAGUGUGUUUGAGCUUUCCAAAAUCAACGUACGCCGAAUUUGACAACUUAAAAGAUUACGUCUACCCAUUCUAUCAUCUGUUGAGACUGUGUCAACAUGUCCAAAGACACGUUUCGGUCUGGUUAGAUGGUCAGUUCGAUGUGCUGGACUACGAGAUUACCAACGAGAGAGUCGAGCAUUUUUGUCGAGACUUGGGGGAUUUACAGAAGGAUUACCGGAAAAAACUGAGGCAAGCUCAGGACGAGAAUCUGCCCAUAAGAUUCAAAGGUACCGUUGACGAUCCUGACAUUCUCAACUGGCCUGCACCAUUAAAGCUUUGCAUAACAGCUCUGAAAAUAAUGGAGGACUUCAAGCCAUCACUAAAAGUUAUGCAAAUUAUGUGUAAUGAUUCUUUACGUCCUAGACAUUGGAAAGCCAUGUCGGAGAUAGCAGGAUUCAAUAUUACUCCAAAUGCUGGUACAACAUUAAGAAAAAUGAUGCAAAUCGACUUGAAAGACAAACUAUACGAGUACGAGAUCAUCAGUACAGGAGCAACAAAAGAACAAGAACUUUUAGAUAAUUUAAACAACCUCAAAGCAGAUUGGAACAAUGUUAAAUUUGUUACAUCAAAAUAUAAAAAUAAAUUAUUGAUUCUGGACCAUUUACAAGACGUCAGAACAAUAAUUGAUGAUCAUAUGAUCAAAGUACUAAAAAUGAGAAGCUCAGUGUUUGUAAAAGCUCAUGCAACAGAAGUUACAGAUUUUUAUGAUGUUCUGUUAAAUGUCGAAACUGUUUUUGAUAAUUGGGAUGUUAUUCAACAAGAUUAUUUAAAAUUACUACCGAUAUUUUCAAUUUCUGAUGUAAAUCAGCUUGUACCCAAGGAAAAAAAUCUUUUUGAAAAAUGUUCAGCCAUUUUUAAUAGUUAUAUUCAGAAAAUUUUAAAAAAUCCUAUAAUUAUCAACUUAAUAUCUCAAACCCAAAUGGUAAAAGACUUGAACAACUGCCUAAACAAGAUGGAACAAGUUAAACACGGUGUUAACACUUACUUGGAAGUAACCAGACAACAUUUUCCAAGACUCUAUUUUCUUUCAAACUCUGAAUUAGUAGAAUUGAUAUCAAAAAACGGAGAUUUUACUGAGAAAGAUUUUCUUAUAAAGCUUUUUCCUGGCAUCGAAAAAGUUAAAUAUAAUUCAGACAAAGAGAUAUGUGGUGUGGUGAGUCCUUUAGGUGAGGAAUUGAAUAUAAGAAACUCUUUUAAUCCAGUGUUAGAAGAUGGUUUACAUAAAAUUUUGAAGAAAUUAGAGGAAGAAACAAAGAAGACCCUUCAACACUUGACUGCAGAGUGUUGCAAGGUGUUUAAGAAGACUAAAAUUAAAGAUCUGGUGAUGAAAUAUCCCCAACAGAGUGUUCAGCUGGCAGCUCAAGUUUUUUGGACUGAUCAAGUGGAAAAUGCCUUAAAACUGCCUCACAAUAUUAAACUUUUGUUGUAUAAAAAACGACUUGAAGGUUAUAUCGAUGAAAAAGUUAAUAUUAUCAAGUCAACAAAUUUAAGUAACAUGGAAAGAACGAUUUUUAAAAAUCUUCUACUUACAGACUUGAAACAUAAGUAUUUGCUGGCUUAUUUUUUGAAAACUGGGCUUGUUAUAGACGAUAAUCAUUUCGAUUGGCAAGUACAGCUAAGGUAUUAUUUCCAAAAAAACUUCCUUACAGUUAGGGUACUGGAUAAUUCUGUAAGUUAUGGGUAUGAGUACUAUGGUAACAAUUCUCAAGCUAUUUUAACACCGUCAGUUGAAAAAUGUAACAAAACAUUAUUAAACGCCUAUUUCUCAAAUUUUCUCGGUUUGGUUGCUGGAAAAUCUGGAACAGGUAAAUCCAAAACUGUUUCUUCUUUAGCAGAAUCUUUGGGCUUGUUACAUUUUGAAUUUCUCUGUACAAAUAGUCUGGAAAUGGAAACUCUUCUUCAACUGUUGAAAGGAGCAGUUUCUUGUGGAGCCUGGCUGAUUCUUGAUUCUUUUGACAAGUUAAAGCAAGAAAUAUUUUCAGUUUUUACUCAAGAACUACUCUCAGUGCUCGAGACGAAAAAACAGAAUAAAACAAAUGUUUUGUUAGAAAAUAUGUAUGUUGGGUUGAAUCCUAGAUGCUUUGUAUGUGCCUUGACUGAAGUUAGGAGUCACAUUUCUUUACCGGAGAACUUGAAAGUUCUUUUUAGGAUCUUUACUUUACCCAAACCUGAUUUAAGUAUACUCACUGAAACUUUUUUAACUUCACAGGGUAUGAAGGAUUCAAAAAAUUGUUCUAGGAAGCUUGUAAAGUGUUUGGAGUAUUUUCAGGAUGCCAUGUCAUAUCAGAAACAAUAUAAGUUUGAAUUAAAGGUGGUUAUGAAUGUUUUGGGAACCUUUGAAUAUGAGAAAACUAUGCAAAGUAGUGAUGGUGAUGAAAAAGUUUUAUGUGACAGUAUUAGGAAAGUUCUGUAUACUUGUCUUGUACAGGAAGAUGUAAAAAUAUUCAAUGGGAUUUUGGAAAAUGUAUUUCACGAAAAAUAUUGUAUAGAAGGAAGUAGUAGUCAAGCUGUUAGAGACAUUGAAAGUGUUUGGGGAUCAAUUUGUGAGGAAUAUAAUUUAGAAAUAAACAAUGAAUUUAAAAAUAAAAGCAUUGAAUUGUAUAAUGCUUUAACCAGCAAGACCAAUAUUAUGAUUGUGGGAGAUGUUUUUGCUGCAAAAACUACUUGUUUAAAAGUUUGUACAAGAGUGUUUGAAAAAACUUAUAAUAAAUCGAUAAAAACUCAUUAUAUUAAUCCAAAAUGUGUGAAUUAUACAGACCUGUAUGGAAAUUUAGAAAAUACAGAGAAUUCUACUUGGACUGAUGGUAUUUUAUUAAAAAUUUUGAGAGAAAAUCAAGAGGAUCAAAAAAAUAAAACUAACCUGAUUGUUUUUGAUGGUCAUAUCGAUCAAACUUGGACUGAAAAUAUACGAGGUGUACUAGAGAAUAAGAAACUGUUUUUGGAAUCUGGAGAAGUUCUUAUGUUUAGUGACAAUAACAAGUUUAUUUAUGAGACAAUCAAUCUAGCUGACUGUGAUCCAUUUAUGGUAAGUUUUUUUUAAAUCAAAGUAUU